CGAACCGAGCGCACUUGCGAUGGUCCCGACACGAAGCUGCACUGCUUUCAAUAAAAAAAUUUAAAUCACUUCCACGGUUUAAGACGAACAAAAUGGAGUCUCAUGCGCAGGAAGAAACUGAGAGUACUUUGCCGGAGAUUCAGGACGACGGGACUGAGGCAACCAACAUUGACGACGACGAAGUUGAAGAACUUCAUAACAGUUUAAAGGAAGUAGUUGACGAUCCGGCCGUAAAGCCCAAGUUCCAGUGCCUGAUGGUGGACCCGUCGUUUUCCAUGGUGACUGUACAGAGCGAGGACAGUGGGAUUGUGUGGGAGACUGCGUCAAGCAGGUGCUCAACCCCAUGGGCAUCAGAAGCCAGCUCUCCAUCAGAUUCAUACAGCCUGGAGGGUUCAGGGACACAGGGUAAUAUAGUCAUCAUUAUGGAUGAAGAUAAGGUGAAAAGAAGGAAAAAAACAAGCAGUAAAGGGAAGUUGGGUGACAGGUUUCGCAGACCAGGCUCCAGAUUGUCAGGCCCUGCAAUAGGAGAGGAGAGACCUGCAAUGAUUGAAGUCUCUGUGCCAAAUAUAAGAUGUGAAGAUUCAGAGAAUGGUCAAACAGCAGAGGGAAAACCAGACAAGGAUCAAGAGCUAUUUAACUUGAUUUCUGAGGGUUUUGAAAUCCUCAAUAUUGUAGUACCAUCAAAACUUCCUACAGUGGAUGAGGAAUGCAGUACAGAAUUGCCAGACAAUUUGUCCUACUUGGAGGACACUCCAAAGAUCAAAACAAAGUGCACACAUGAAAGCUUAGCUCCCACCACCAUUCCUAAGGACACAGACAUAGAAAUUCAGAACGUAAAAGAAGACAGUCCCACAGACUUAUCUCAGACUUCUGCUAAUGAGCAGCUCAAGACAGAUGAACAUGAUAUGGACUACUUAGAGAAAUUCACACUGCUAGAUCAACAUGCACCAGAUGAUGAGUCUGAGAAGCCUGGGCCUACACAGGAUAUCCAGCAAGAGGAGCCUAAGGUGCCAGAACAAAAGGUGGAGGACACAGUUGAUGAGAGUUCCUUUGUCAUUGUCACUGAGGUUGAAUUCGCAGAUGAUCAUCUAGAUGAAGUGUUUUAUGGAGGAAGUUGCAAUGCAGAACCAUCAAACCAUAAAGAAAACAAAGCACCUGCAAGUGGGAGCUUUAAAAUACUCAAAGAGUGUGGUUCAACUUUAUUUGGCAGCCAGGAGACUAUCCUUACUCCGAUUUUCCUUCCCCCUGGCCCACCCAAGAUCAUAGAUCAAGUACUCCUAGAUGAGCCACGAGCAUUGUCGUUCCAUUACUCAGAUCUUUAUGAAGAUGCUCUUGGUGAUAGAAAAAAUGAGGAUGACACCUCAGACAUCGAAAGUGUUGUUUCAGAAAAGUCAUUUAAAAGACGUUAUUCUGAUUCAGAUGAAGGAGAUGGCUACCUGGAGAAAUUCAUAUUGAAAGAUGACACUCCAGUGGUUGAAGAUGUACAAGAGGUUGACACUGCACCCAGUGACAGAGUGAUAUGGCCAGAAAGUAAAUUUGAAAUGACUGGAUGUUUAAUUCGUGUUAAGGAUGAUGCUCCCCAAGAAGAGGAUGUUGGUGCCGAUCAAGCCGAGUUAGAGAGUGAACAUGAUGUUAAAGAUGAAUGUCAGCCUUCAUAUUCGUCAAAGGACUGUGAGGAUUGUGAUGGGCUGCAAACUGGCUGUGUAACUGUUAAGAGUGUUUCAGAGAAUUUAAAGGGAUGUGAAGAUUGUGAUAUGAAAACUGGUUGUGCGUCCCAAAAAACUGUCUCAUCUGAUAAACUUCCUUUAAUAAAAGAGCUGCAUAAAACAGCAAAUCAAGAAGUAGAUAAAAUGUUAUUGAUAGAAGAUGGAAAACAAAGUGAAGUUCGGGUAUUAAAACACAAUGACAAACAGGUUUCCGGUGAUUUAAUAGAAGAAAAUGUAACUGGACUGAAUGAUAAAGUUGAGAUUCAAGAAACCAUUAGUAUUACCAAGGAAGAAGCAUUGGGCAAGGGUCAGCAAGUUACAACUACAACACAAGAAUUAGGUAUAACUAAUUUAGUGAAAGAUUUUGAUAUAAAAGAUACAUCACCAAAAAGUACAGCUGAAGAAAUAGGAAGCCAACUUCAAGAAGAAAUCAGUCAAAAAAAGCUCUGUGAAUCAGAGAAAUGUGAAGAUGAGACCAUGAAUUUUGGUGAAAAAAUUAUAGAAUGCCAUGUAAUAAAAGAGAUACCUGCUUUAGAGGAAGUCCUGAAAGAUACUGCAGGGAAGCAGGAGCAAGUCACUGACAAAACUCUGGUCCCAGAAGUGGAAGAUGUAAACAGUGAAAUCAAAACUACGCAGAAACAGAAACGUUUAUAUGAAGCAGGUACGACUGAAGAGAAAGUUGAAGAAUCCAAGGUUGAGGUUACAGAAAAGCAAAAAGAACUGAUUGAGACAGACACAAUGACAGUGUUUGAUAGAAAGACUUCAGGUACAGACAGUGUAACAACAGAGAAGAAAGAAUCUGUCUUUACACAUGGGAAGAAAGAUGAGGAGACAUACUUAGAGUUACCAACAGGUGAUGAUCUCAGAGAGAUCUCGACUGAUACCAAAGAGCCUGAAAGUGAUGUUAUGUGUCCUCCUGCUCCUGAGAUCACUGAACGGGAUCUAGCAUCAGAAGUGGUUGAUGAGGAAGGUGGCAGGGACGAGAGCCAAGCGUUAGCAGAUGUUUUAAGUGAUUCACAUGCUGAGAUUGAGAUGAUUUCACUCAUUCCUGCUAAGGAACCAGAUGCCUCAUCCAAAAUUACUGUGUCAGCCACUGCAACUAAGGAAGAGAUACUGGAUGUAGUUAUAGACAGAAGUAAGUUAGAGACCACUUGUGAGGCCCAUAAGCCUGUACACCAAGUAGAUAUGAACAAAGUAGAUGGUGUCUCUAAAGUGUCAGUACAGCAAGUGGAAGGAGAAAGUAAAAGUAAAACCAAAAAAAUACUUCUAAAGGAUACACACAAAGAAGAGUUCUGGAGAACUCUGGAACCUGCAAGUCCUUCUUCUCCAAUGGAGAUGCUGGACUCAACAAUGAGGGUUUCACCUUUAGAAGAUGUAGAUUAUAUUAAAGAAAAUGAUAAAUUUGCCAUGGAUCGAAACAUAAAAAGAGACAAAGUCCCCUUUUCAACUUUACGUAGUUUCAGCCCACUGGAAGACCUUUCUGGCUUUGGCCGUGAUUUGACAGAGCCUGAUUUGCAAAAGGAAAUUUAUGAGGAGCUAGAUUAUGAGAUGGUCACUGAGCACGAUGCAAGGCAGUCAGAGACCGAAGUAACUGUAGCUAAAGAAGAAUAUCUGGAACAUGGCCAGGAUCAAUCUCAAGAGCCUACAUUUGAGGCAGACUAUGAAUUUAUUGAGGACUUGGAUAGUACCCAAAUGUCAGAGCUCAGUCAAAUGAAGGAAAAAGUAGAAAUUCAGCCAAUGGAUGCAUUUUGCCUUGUCUGUCGUUGCCCAAUCUUAUUGAGUGAUGGUGGGCAUGGAAUUCAUGAGGUGUCAACGUUGGAAAAAGCAUUUGUAGACAUUAAGAAUCAGUUGAGUAACUGCAUAUCAGUUCUACAAGAAAGAUCAGAAAACAUUGAGGAUAUGGUUUCCGAACUUGAGAUGGCGUACAACUCUGUGGAGGAGCAAUGCGAGGACGGUGAGAAAGCCCUGGAUGAGCAAAACAAGGAGAUGAUGAAGCUGGUGAUGGAGAGGUAUAAUGAAAUGUCUCAGGCAAUGGAGGAGGAGAAAAAGGCCAAACUUGAGCAGCUUUACGAUCAAAUAGUGUCUUUCCAAAAGAGCAUUGACUCAGCCAAGGAGACGAUGGAAGUGACCACAAAAGAGACGGAAGAGACGGAUGAGUUAGCAUUUCUGUUGUCAUACAAAGACAUUGAUACAAGGUUAAAAACAGCUUUAGACUCAGUCAUGCCUCUAGAGCUUGGCCCACGAGGUUUGCUUGUAUUUGAAGAUUAUGCCAAAGGUACCACAGGAAAUGGGAAGAGAAACCGGGAGGUGAUUCCAGUGCCCCAGCAACCCCAUCUUCAGCCGCAGGAAGUUAAUUCUGGCACAAGCGCCUCUGUCACUGUGUACUGGACAGUGAAUGAAGGAGACAUCAUUGACUGUUUUCAGGUCUACUGCAUGGAAGAACCUCAAGGAGCCAUCUCAGAGGAGUACAGAGUGACAGUGAAGGAGAGUCACUGUAAUCUGGAAGAGCUGGAGCCAGAUAAGUGCUAUAAAGUAUGGGUGAUGGCAGUGAACUACACUGGCUGCAGUCUGCCCAGUGAGAGACUUCCUUUUAGAACAGCCCCAUCUGUUCCAGUGAUUAACCCAGAAGCCUGCACAGUUUUGUGGGAAUCUGCUACAAUCCGCUGGAGCUUGUCUCAGCCCAGCGCUGCCGAGAGCUUCACUCUAGAGUACUGCCGCCAAUACGCCUUGGAGGGAGAGGGCCUCAGGUCUGUGUCUGGGAUAAAAGGCUGUGAGCAUAAGGUCCUCCUUCAAUCCAAUGAGAACUUCCUCUUUUACAUCAAAUCAGUGAACAGUGCAGGAGCCAGUGAUCAGAGCGAGGCAGCUCUUAUCUCCACACGAGGUACCAGGUUCCACUUACUGAGUGAAACAGCUAAUAUAGCGCUGAAGGUUUCUGAAGACAAGAGCUCUGUGCAGUAUCCUGUGGAAACCUACAAUAAGAUGUCCACACUUAUAGAAUGUCCAGCAGUUAGAGGCGAGCUUCUACCGCGAGUUGGAUAUCAUUACUGGGAAACGGUGGUAACUGGCUGUAAAGCCUACCGCAUUGGUGUUGCCUAUCAGACAGAACCACAGGACAGCACAGUGGGUGACAGCAGCACCUCCUGGUGUCUGCACUGUGUACCCACCUCCAUCAGCUGUAGGUUCGAGCUACUUCACGACAGCGUGGAAUCGGACAUUUUUGUUACGGACGUUCCUGCUCGAAUUGGCGCUCUUCUGGACUUCAUACAGGGCCGCUUGGUCUUCUUCAACGCUCAGAAUGGCCAGUGUCUGGGCUCUUUCCAACAAGCCUUCAUCCAGCCCUGCUACCCCAUAUUCACCCUGGAGAGACCUGGGAACCUAGAGCUUAAGAUGACCACAGAGGUCCCAGAGUUUGCCAAGCAGUGGUAGCUCUAGGAUUUCUGGAGAAUCUGUCUUUAUUUUAUUGCCCUUGAGAUUGCAAUCUAUCAGACUUUGUAAAUGUGUGUCAUAUUUUUUAGGUAUUUAAAAAAUAAUUUGACAUUUCAGGCUCAAAGGUUUAAACAUAAAGUAUUUUGUUAAAGGGAUACUGCAGCAUUUUAAUUCAUCUCUGUCUAGCAUAUAGAAUUACCGUACUGGGACAAAAAUGGGAAAAUAUAUGGCUGGAACUAACAAUAAUUUAAAGCCUUUUUU